AUGGGGCCAAACCUGACAUCAGUCGCUAGUAUGGCUCAUUAUAAACGGCGAACCCGGCGAGCCCUGCCAGCAUUGUCCACAAUAUUAUUCGCAGCCAUCCUGCUCAUAAUCUGGCAGCGCAAAAUCGAUUCAGAGCUGCCAGACCCGUACUUGGACGAGGUAUUCCAUGUCAGACAAGCGCAAGCAUAUUGGGAGCAUCGUUGGCGGCAAUGGGACCCUAAAAUUACUACUCCUCCUGGGGUAUAUCUAUGUUCAUACAUAAUCGGGGCCAUCUUGUUUGUUGUACGAUUGCGCCCAGCGCAUCCUGGUGCUUCAUUUUUCCGCCUAGGAAAUAGCAUCGUCUUGUUCAACAUACUUCAAUUAAGGCUACGGACACUCAUUAAACGUAUACGGAAUGAGACAUUUUUAGAUUCUCAGAAUACAGGCGAUUCAGCUGCGGUGAAUUGCCGAAAUCGCUGGGAGAGGAAUCUCACGGUGUUAAAUAUCUGUCUUUUCCCUCCCCUCUUCUUCUUUUCCGGACUCUACUACACGGACCUCGCAGCACUUCUAAUUGUGGUAGAAGCCUAUAUUUGUGAUCUCGGUCGAACUCGCAGACACGAUGCUCGACUCAGCCCCAGCGAGAAGUUUAAUAUCCUGUCAUGGAGAGACGCACGCUUCUUGAUAUGGGGCCUUCUCGCUCUCAUGUUCCGACAAACCAACAUAUUUUGGGUAGCCGUUUUCUUGGGUGGACUGCAGGCCGUUUCGACAUUGCAUAGUAUGACGUCGGACUGCCAGCCAACUGAUGUUGUAAGAAUUGUUCGGGGUAGUUGGGAGCUGCACCAACUCUAUGAUCCGCCAGUCAACGAGGCCUCACUUGAAGAUUAUCUGAAGACCUUAGUCUCGUUAGGUGUUUCAACGGUAGCACAUAUUAUCCAAAUAAUCCCGGCGUUGCUUCCUUACCUUGUUUUCCUCGGCACAUUUGGACUAUUUGUGCUAUGGAACGGAAGUGUAGUUUUAGGCCACAAAGAAUUCCACACAGCAGGCCUACAUCUCCCACAAAUACUUUACAUAUGGCCCUAUUUUAUAUUCUUCUCCUGGCCGAUCGUCCUCACUACUUUCGUGAUAACUAAUCUACAACGCCGCACCAUAAAACUCUUUCCCAACGUAAAAGCCGCGGCAAUUUUUAUCCCACUAAUGGUGCUCACCGUCCACCUAAACACUCUUGUCCACCCAUUCACCCUAGCCGACAACCGGCAUUACGUCUUUUAUAUCUUCCGCAUUCUACUUCGACAUCUGCUGAUAAAGUAUCUGGCUACGCCAAUAUAUUUCGUUUGUGGAUGGGCUGUCCUCGCAACUUUCUGCACUCCCUCCCUGCCACCAUCAGCAACAUAUAGGGCAAAAGCAGAAACAAAAAUGCUACACCACGGGACCGAAACCCCACCAGCGAAGACAACAAAAUCAACCCUAAACAGGGAAGCAAAGGGACCGGCGAGAAACCCCCAAGUUCGCCUUAGUUUCGUCCUAAUUUGGCUAAUAACCAGCUCUCUUUCCCUCAUCACCGCACCACUCGUCGAACCACGUUAUUUCCUCAUACCGUGGGUGAUGUGGCGUCUCCACGUCCGGCUCCCAUCAAUCCCAAUAAAUGAAUCAGUAGAUGGGUCAUAUUAUGCCGUGCGCUGUGCUAGGUUCCUAUAUUACCUUCCGUUGCUCGUCGAGACUGCGUGGUACAUUGUGAUCAAUGCGGUUACUGGAUAUAUGUUUCUGUAUAGAGGAUUUGAGUGGCCCCAGGAACCAGGGUUGGUGCAGAGGUUCCUAUGGUAG